AAGAAGAAGAGGCAUUCAACACGCGGUCGGCGGGCUGCAGUUAAAUUCAACUUUUUCUUAAUUUAACAUUUCAAGUAUGGUCCAGAAUAAACAGAAAACCGCAAAGCCGCCAAAGGCAGCGAAAAGUGCUGCCAAGGAGGAUGCAAUUUCCAAGGCGGAAAACUGGCAAAAGGUGAAAAUCAAGGGCCACGUGAUAUCCGAUGAUUGCGGUGGCUACGAGGGAUUGAUUGGUCUGGAGGUCCUCAAGGACUACGAUGCAGCGCUGGUAAAGUCCACGCAGAAGAGGGUCAGUUCCCGCAAUCCUGCCAGAGAACGCAAACUGAAGAAGAAAAAGAGGAAGGUGUCCAAGGGCGGAGAGGAGGACUCCAGCGAGAGUUCCAGCGAAUCGGAAAGCGAAGAGGACGUGGUGGCCGCAGCCAAGGCCAGUAAAAAAGCUCGUCUUGCCGAGCGGCACGCCCAAAAAAUGCAGAAACUACGUGAGAAGCGGGAAAAGCGAAAGGAGCUUCGCAAACAGAAAAAAGCAAAGGGCAAGGAAAACGAUAGCAGCGAGGAUUCCAAUGAUGAAUAUCCGGAAGAUCGUUUUGCACUUCUACGACCGCCGCCUUUGGAUGAUAAGGAAGGAGCCGCCCAGGCGGAAGAGGAGUCCAGCGCCGAGGAGGCACCAGAACUAGUGCCGAUUUCCACAGACGAAGUGGAAGAUGUCCCCGCCUGGAACGGCCUGGGAGUUCCCGCUCCCAUCCUGCGUGCCCUCGGCGAGCAGGGCUUUAAGGCACCCACUCAAAUCCAGGCCUUGACUCUACCCGCUGCCAUCCACGGCAAAAAGGAUAUUCUGGGAGCAGCCGAAACUGGCAGCGGAAAGACCCUGGCCUUUGGCAUACCAAUGCUGGCUGGCAUCAUGGAGCUGAAGCAAAGGAACAUUCUCUCUGGCAUUCGAAAGGCGCCCAAGGUGAAGGGACAGCAGCCCGAGCCAGCGGCCGAUGAGCACGAGUUGACGCCUCCGCCGGAGGAAUUGGAUCAUGUUUCCGGAGCCAGUGAAGAGGAAAGCGAUGCGGAGGAGCAUGCCCAGCGCAAACAGACCCCCCUGUACGGUCUGGUGCUCACACCCACCCGGGAGUUGGCCGUGCAGGUCAAAAAUCAUCUGGUGUCGGCUGCCAAGUACACAGGCAUUCGAGUGGCAGCCAUCUUCGGUGGCCUUGCCGUGGCCAAACAGGAGCGCGUGCUUCGACAGUGUCCAGAAAUCGUUGUGGCCACACCUGGUCGUCUCUGGGAGCUUUACGCCCAGGGCAAUCAACAUCUGGGCAAGAUCGAGGAUGUAAGCUUCCUAGUCAUAGACGAAACGGAUCGCAUGGUGGAGAAAGGGCACUUUGAAGAGCUCAGGAGUCUUCUCAAGGUCCUUAACUCGGAUGAACAGAAGAAGCAUCAGCGCCAGAACUUUGUUUAUUCGGCCACGCUGACAUUGAUUCAUGACCUUCCCGAUCACAUGCAAAAGCGCAAUGUGGGCAAACGACCCAAGUUUGUGAAGCAAACGGUGGAUCAGAAAAUUGAGAGCCUCAUCGAGGAGCUAGGCAUCUCGCAACCCAAAAUUGUAGACAUAACAAGCACACAGCAAACCGCCCAAACGUUGACCGAGAGUCGACUGCUGUGCCCAAUCGAUCAUAAGGAUUACAAUCUAUACUACUUUAUUCAGCGCCAUCCCGGUCGCACCAUUGUCUUCUGCAAUUCCAUCGACUGUGUCAAACGACUAGCCACGCUCUUCGGCUUGCUGGACUGCAAUCCUUUGCCCCUCCACGCCAAUAUGAUCCAGAAGCAGCGCCUGAAGAACCUGGAACGCUUCCGUGACUGUCCCACGGGCUUGCUGAUAGCCACUGAUGUGGCUGCCCGAGGUCUGGACAUACCGAAUGUGGAGCAUGUGAUCCACUACCAAGUGCCGCGCACCAGUGAGAACUACGUCCACAGGUCGGGUCGCACAGCCCGAGCCAAUAAGCACGGCAUAACCGUCAUGUUCAUGGAACCGGGCGAGGUCAAAAGCUAUGUGAAGCUGUACAAAACACUAGAGAGAACUGAGGAUCUGCCACUUUUUCCCAUAUCGGAACGAUUCCUCCCCGCUGUCAGGGAACGCGUGAAUCUGGCGCGCGACUUGGACAAGGAAGAACUGAAACUAAAGCGCGUUCAGAGCGAGCGCGGUUGGAUGAAGAAGCAUGCCGAGGAAAUGGACAUGAUCAUCGAUGGCUACAACGACGAGUCGGGCAGUGACCAGGACGAGGAUCCCUUUGUCAUCGAACGACGGCGCAAUCGCCUGCGAGUGGAGACAGUCAGAGCCCAGCUUAACGCUCUUCUGGCCAAACCGAUCUUUCCCAGAGGAUUCAGCUUUAAGUACCCCAACAGCGAGGCAACUCAGUUGGCCACGAGUCACUCCCAAAGUGCCGUGGACACCAUGAAGGCGGCCAUAGAAGACCAGAAGCAGGCCAAAAAGGAUCGCAACAAACGUAAAAGGAAUGCCUAGGACAAACUUAAACUACCUUUAUUAAAUAAUGGAUAAAAGAGUUA